AUGGCUGACGCAGCUGUGGAAUCUGCGUAUCAGAAGGGCGUCCUGCCCGACACCAAGGCUGUCGAGGAGGGCCCUCGCCGAACGGAUGGCGUCUCCGGAUUGUAUGAGGGUAAUGUCUUUGAGGCCACCCCAGAUGACCGUCGUCAGAUCGGUGUCGUCAGUGCCUCCUUCUUGAUCUUCAACCGUGUUAUCGGAACCGGUAUCUUCGCCACCCCCAGUACGAUCUUGUCGUUGUCCGGCAGUGUCGGUCUGUCCCUGAUCAUGUGGGUGAUUGGUACCUUGAUCGCCAUGGCUGGUACUGCUGUCUACCUGGAAUGGGGUACUGCGAUCCCCAAGAACGGUGGAGAGAAGAACUACCUCGAAUACGUCUUCAAGAAGCCCAAGUUCCUGGUCACGGCCAUGUAUGCCUCCUAUGCGGUCCUGCUGGGCUGGGCGGCUAGCAACAGUGUCGUCUUUGGCGAGUAUAUCCUCAAUGCUGCGGAUGUUGAGGUUGGGCGCUGGAACCAGCGUGGUAUCGGUUUGGCUUGCAUCACUGCCGCCUUCCUCAUCCACUCCUUCGCUGUGAAGUGGGGUCUCAUGCUCCAGAACUUCCUGGGCGUUGUCAAGCUCGUGAUCAUCGUCUUUGUCGUUGUUGCCGGAUGGGUGGCUCUGGGUGGCCACAUGAAGAUCGAUCCCCCUCACAACUUCACCAACGCCUUCGAAGGCACCACCGACACCGGAUAUGGUAUUGUCAUGGCCUUGUACAAUGUCAUUUGGUCCUUCAUUGGAUACUCGAACGCCAACUACGCCCUGAGCGAGACGAAGAACCCCACCCGCACGCUGAAGAUUGCGGCCCCGAUUGCCAUCUGCUCGGUCGGAAUCCUGUACAUGCUGUGCAACAUUGCGUACUUUGCUGCGGUGCCCAAGGAGCAGUUCCUGUCCUCGGGUCAGACUGUUGCUGCCACUUUCUUCGGUAACAUGUUCGGCACGCGCGCAGAGAAGGUCAUGUCGGUCUUCGUGGCCCUGUCGGCGUUUGGAAACGUGUUGUCGGUGAUCUUCUCUCAAGGACGGAUUGUCCAAGCCCUGGGUCGUGAAGGUGUCCUGCCCUUCUCGAAGAUCUGGGCCAGCAACCGGCCGUUCAACUCUCCCGCUGCUGGCCUCUUCGAGCACUGGGUUGUGUCCAUCAUCAUCAUGUUGGCUCCUCCCCCCGGUGAUGCCUACAACUUCCUGGUCAACCUCAUCACCUACCCUCUGUCCAUUGUCAACGUCUUCGUGUCCGCCGGACUGGUCUACAUCUACCUGACCAAGGCGAAGAACUUCCCGGACUGGGCUCCUGGAAUCCGGGCGACGCUGCCCGUCACCAUCUUCUUCUGCCUGUCCAACAUCUACCUGGUGGUGGCGCCCUACGUCCCGCCCAGCGCCGGCCAGAGCGUCUACAACGACCUGCCCUACUACCUGCACUGUGUCGUCGCGCUGGGUAUCUUCGCGCUCGGCGCCCUGUACUACCUGGUGUGGGCGGUGCUGAUGCCUCGCUUCGGCCGCUACAUCCUCGUCAAGGAAACCGUGGUGGACGCGGAUGGCUGGUCCAGAAGUGUCUUCACGCGGAUGCCGCUGGAUCAAGCCCAGCAGCUGCGUUCUUAA